AUGCCAGAGAGAGCCGCCAUAAAGUAUUACGAUCUUGAUCCUCCANAACCUAUUUGCAUUGAGACCACUGUCAACACUAAUACUGCGGACAUUUUGGCGCAUACCAUCUUCCAACUCGUGGUAAGAACCUACGAGUACUUCAAGGACAACAAAAACGCAUACUGCUCGACCUUCGACACCCCGGAGAAGAGACUGAUUGUAGCUCAGAAGAUCUACAACGGCAUAAAGAGAGUCGAAGUAUUGCCCGAAUAUGUCGACGACAACACAAAAACCUUGGUCGACAUCCUCACGAAUCACAACUUCAGCGUCUCCGACUUCUGCAAGCUUCGCCCUGUCGAGAUCACUGAUAUCGAAAACUUGAUAGUCAACUAUCUCAUUGUCUAUUCCGACUUUCCUGAUGCUCGGCCACCCGAGGUCUACGACGGCAAAUCCAUCCAAAUCGGUCACAGACUCGAGAUCCACGAGUCUUCGAAGACUGAUGAAAACUUUCAACACAGUGUCCAUUACCAGUCCGCUCGUGAGCGUGGUGAGUGGCAGAUGUAUCACCUCUGCGAUAUGGACUACCGCGACAUCGAUAUUUUUCCUUUCAUCGAGCAGAUCACACUUCUCUUAUUCGAGACCAUCAGCAACCGUGUGCUCAAGUUCUCUAACGAUAAUCACCCGCAAUCAGCAGAGUUCACUACUGAUCGCGACUUCGCCAACGAUCUCCUCCGUGUUGCUCAAGGCGUUUUUCGAGAGACUGGCUGGCUUGGAGGAUGA